CGUUGAAAUCAUUCGACUCGUUCGCGAACGUCACAUCUCUAAGUCACUCAGGUUGGAGCCACGAGUCGCUUCUCUCCGCCUCUUUUCUACCAAAGCUACUUUUUAUUCGGCUCCUGCGCCUUUAAGACGGCAGUAAUCCACAUCAUGUCGCCCCCGCUGCAUCUGGAGGUACACGCUUUGAAAGUUAGACCGGGGAAUUAGCGCUAACACUGGGGGACCACCGCCGGGCAACACGAGGCGGGGAAAGACGUGGGGGUUUGGAAGAGAUUGGGAGGCAGUUUUGCGUGGGAGGGGUCUGCCGAUCACAACAAAGGGACACAUGAUGGGUGGACGGCUGUAGGAAUGGGCAAGAGAGGAAGGUGAUGGUGCAGCUUGUGCUGGUCCCCACUUUCCCCGGCCGACCAUGCUGCCUGCACCCCGGACGCUGCUCUUCCUCUUUGUGACUCUGCUGGUGCUGCUCCUUAUCCUGGAUGAUAUCUCACAAGUGGAAGAAGAAGCUGCAAAGACUGGACGAUCCAAGAUGAACCUGCACCGGCUCAUCCCCAAACCCCAAAGAAAGACUGGACGAUCCAAGAUGAACCUGCACCGGCUCAUCCCCAAACCCCAAAGAAAAACAACGGUACGCAUUGAAAGCACUUCACUGCCAAGACUUAGUAUAAUAAAUCCUGCGCAUCAGAGCUACAACAGUGCCAAGCUCCCCUCAUCCAUCUGGAUCUUCAACAAGACCCUCUCUAACCUCAUCAGGAAGAACAUUCUACGAUUCCUCGACGCAGAGCGAGACAUCUCGAUCCUUAAGGGCUCUCUGAAACCUGGCGAUGUCGUCCACUAUGUGUUUGACCGCCACAGCACCACAAACAUCUCAGAGAAUCUCUACCGUCUUUUGCCAACGGUGUCGCCAAUGAAAAACCAGCACCACCGGCUGUGCGCCAUCGUAGGAAACUCGGGCAUCCUGCUCAACAGCAGCUGUGGCCCGCAGAUCGACUCUCAUGAUUUUGUCAUCAGGUGCAACCUGGCACCAGUGGAGGAAUACUCAGACGACGUAGGUCGUAGGACCAACUUGGUGACCAUGAACCCUUCAGUGGUGCAGCGGGCCUUCCAGGACCUCGUGGACGACGAGUGGAGGCAGCGCUUCCUGCGGCGACUUCAGAGCCUUAGCGGCAGCGUGCUGUGGAUCCCGGCCUUCAUGGCCAAGGGGGGAGAGGAGCGCGUGGAGUGGGCCCUGCGCCUCAUCCGGCAGCACACCGUGGACGUACGCACCGCUUUCCCCUCAAUGCGCUUGCUCCACGCCGUCAGAGGGUACUGGCUGACCAAUAACGUCCACAUCAAGCGCCCCACCACGGGUCUCCUGAUGUACACCAUGGCUACCCGUUUCUGUCAGGAAAUCCAUCUUUACGGCUUCUGGCCAUUCCCCCACGACCCGCAGGGCCAAGCGGUAAAGUACCACUACUACGACGCUUUAAAAUAUGAGUACACCUCUAGCUCCAGUCCCCACACCAUGCCUCUGGAGUUCAGGACACUGAGCGCUCUGCACCGACGGGGGGCGCUGCGGCUUCACACUGGGAGCUGCAAAGCAAAUAGCUAAGUGGAAUAUCUCUAUGGAAACACUUCCUGGUCUAACCGCACUGACAGCAUUCCUUUAUACAACUUGGAGUCAUGCAUUUUCUUUAAAGGCACUGGCAUUUUUCAAUGUCUGCCUUGUAAAAAGUUGCCAGCACAAUUAGCUCCCGCAAGGAGAGUUCAUUGUGGCUAUUUUUUGGGCUACACAUCGAAUAGCCGAAAUUGGUAUUCCAACUUUCACAGGGUUAUUAAAUUAUGUGAUCAUGUCUUUUUUACCUAAGAGGUGAAGUGUAAAAAAAGGCAGAAUGUAGUAUUGUACUGAGCCCCAUGAGACGUGAAGUGGACACAAUGUGGGAGUGUAGCAGCUGUUCACACAGGCUUGUUUGCACAGACGUUGCCAAUAGUUAGUCAAGAACACCAGCUCAUCCUCUACUGGAGGUUAGAAUGUCAUUUCUUAUAAAUGUGUAAAAUGUCUAUAUUCUUAGAAAUGUAAAAAAAGAUGUUGUCCUCAAAUGUGCUUUAAAUAAAUUCCCCUAAACACUCUUAAAGGGGAUGUUUGCCUAGAGGGUGCUAACUUUCAUUAUAUCCCUUCCUCUUUUGACUUGAACACGCCCUACGGAACACAUAUGGACACAAAUUAGCUUUGAUUGGUGUCAGCUAAAAGCAAUUUAACAAAGUUUAGCCUAUAACUUUGGCUAUUUUUAAAUGCAUAGCCUAUUGUAACACAAACACGACGGCAAAUUGUUAGCUGUUUUUCUUGAAUUAUUGUUAACUGCAUUUUGUUUAACUCGUGCCAAACUUGCUAGCUUACAUGCUAAAAAUUAAAAUAGGAGACAUUAACGUCUUUCCCUAUUUGACAUACCCCAAUCGAAACUUAUAUACAUAUAAUCCCUCUUAAAACAGAGUGAUUGUUUUAUACUCAGAAAAAUAAAAGACUGAGAUGUUUUAUGGUGCAUUCAAACACCGCUGAACAAAGUAGGACACAACUUUCACCAUAGAUAGUAAAUACUAGAUUUUAUUUGUUAGGCACUUUUAAUUUAAAUAUAACUUAAAGUGCUGCAGCACAAAAACGAUAUUUAAAACAAUAAAAGCCUACAAACCCCGUUUCCAUAUGAGUUGGGAAAUUGUGUUAGAUGUAAAUAUAAACGGAAUACAAUGAUUUGCAAAUCCUUUUCAACCCAUAUUCAAUUGUAUGCACUACAGAGACAAGAUAUUUGAUGUUCAAACUCAUAAACUUUAUUUUUUUUGUGUGCAAAUGAUAAUUAACUUAGAAUUUCAUGGCUACAACACGUGCCAAAGUAGUUGGGAAAGGACAUGUUCACCACUGCGUUACAUCACCUUUUCUUUUAAUAACACUCAAUAAACAUUUGGGAACUGAAAAAACUAAUUGUUGAAGCUCUGAAAGUGGAAUUCUUUCCCACUCUUGUUUUAUGUAGAGCUUCAGUCGAUCAACACUGUCGUAUUUUAUGCUUCAUAAUGCGCCACGCAUUUUCGAUGGGAGACAGGUCUGGACUGCAGGCAGUCCAGGAAGGUACCUGCACUCUUUUACUACGAAGCCACGCUGUUGUAACACUUGUCUUGCUGAAAUAAGCAGGGGCGUCUAUGAUAACGUUGCUUGGAUGACAACAUAUGUUGUUCCAAAACCUGUAUGGACCUUUCAGCAAUAAUGGGGCCUUCACAGAUCUGUAAGUUACCCAUGCCUUGGGCACUAAUACACCCCCAUACCAUCACACAUGCUGGCUUUUGAACUUUGCGCCUAUAACAAUCCGAAUGGUUAUUUUUCUCUUUGUUCCGGAGGACACCACGUCCUCUGUUUCCAAAUAUAAUCUGAAAUGUGGACUCGUCAGACCACAGAACACCUUUCCACUUUGCAACAGUCCAUCUUAGGUGAGCUCGGGACCAGCCAAGCCGGCGGCGUUUCAGGAUAUAGUUGAUAAAUGGGUUUGGCUUUGCAUAGUAGAGUUUUAACUUGCACUUACAGAUGUAGCAACCAACUGUAGUUACUGACAGGGGUUUUAUGAAGUGUUCCUGAGCACAUGUGGUGAUAUCUUUUACACACUGAUGUCGGUUUUUGAUGCAGUACCGCCUGAGGGAUCAAAAGUCCGUAAUAUAAUCGCUUACGUGCAGUGAUUUCUCCAGAUUCUCUGAACUUUUUGAUGAUUUUACGGACCGUAGAUGGUAAAAACCCUAAUCUUUGCAAUAGCUUGUUGAGAAAUGUUGUUCUAAAACUGUUCGAAAAUUUGCUUACAAAGUGGUAACCCUCGCCCCAUCCUUGUUUGUGAAUUACUUGGCAUUUCAUGGAAGCUGCUUUUAUACCCAAUCAUGGCACCCACCUGUUCCCAAUUAGCCUGCACACCUGUGGGAUGUUCCAUAUAAGUGUUUGAUGAGCAUUGCUCAACUUUAUCAGUAUUUAUUGCCACAUUUCCCAACUUCUUUGUCACGUUUUGCUGGCAUCAAAUUCUUAAGUUAAUGAUUAUUUGCUAAAAAAAAAAAAUGUUUAUCAGUUUGAACAUCAAAUAUGUUGUCUUUGUAGUAUAUUCAACUGAGUAUGGGUUGAAAAUAAUUUGCAAAUCAUUGUAUUCCGUUUAUAUUUACAUCUAACACAAUUUCCCAACUCAUAUGGAAACGGGGUUUGUAGAAAGAAACACAAAACAUGUAAAAUAGGGUUAUUUCUAAGUUUGUCCAUUAUAGUUAUUGAAAAAAAUAAAUUGGUCAAAAAAUAUCAGCGUGCAUAAGUACUGUUUGAGCAAAUUCAACAAUACGCUAUAAUGAUAAGCGUGAUAUGAAAUGUUCAUAUUGUUACAUACCUAUAACAGUAAUUGUGAAAAUUAUAGACACAUAAUUAUAUAUCUUCCGUUAAACCACUAAUGGUAACAUAAGUUAGCUGCUGUUGUCCUUGUUAUAUUUUGUUGGUUUGAAAAAUGUAACUUUGAGCAAGUUGCAAACAGCUCCUUUAACUAAUAAGUAUGUGGAUAUUGUGGCUAUUAUAAGCAAUAUACAAUAUUUAUACAAGUAAUCUAUAAAGGGAACCAUAGUGAUAAGGUUAAAAAAAGAAUACAAUAAUUGAGCAAGAAAAAAGUAGCAAUUUUACACAAAUACUAAUAUAUUGUACAUUAAUAAAUCAUUACUAGAAUUUUUUUUUUUUUUAUACUUUUUUUUUGCAUUUCUUUGGGGUAAAUAAUCAUACAGUAAUACUUUUGAAAUAUUACAUGAAAACAUAGUUUUUAGGGAUGCAUGUUUUUUUCUUCACACCGAUACUGAUACUUACUACUUCUUAAGACCGAUAACUCAUUUAUAUCUAUAAUUUCUUUUAAUUCAGAUUUAAGUGUAAUUUGUGCACACCUGAAGGUGCGAAAGACUUAUGAUUUGUCCUGACAAAAGUUAGUAUCUCAAACGAUGGCAAAGGGCUGGUUGUCCAACGUUCUCACAGAUCUCUUGAGCCCGCGGGUCGUCUCAAACUUUUUGCACUUUUCAAACGCCAGCUUUCAAAAGCGAUACUGGUGUUUCAGAUGGCUGAUAAGGUUUGAUGUGUUGAAGCUAAAUGUUUUUUUCCCUCGUGGCGGAAUGUUUGCGGAACAUUUGAUUCAAAUAGCACGCGGAGAGUUUUUCUCAAAAAGAGUGAAGAUGUCCCACACAAUCGACGCCAUGUUUGUUUACAAUGAGCUCAGGGGGAGUGUACGACUGGCCGAUUACAGCAAUGCAAAUAGUAAAAAAAAGUAGCGCUUCACUUGCUCACCAUGACCCACUUUAUAGCACAGUACAAAUAAUCUCACCUCUUUAGUAAUUUGUACAAUUUUUUAAUGCCGAUAUAUGUAUGGCGUUAUCAUUCCUCAUAUCAUAUUGUGUAGCUCUAAUAGGAAUGAGCUUUGAGGAAAAUAGUUUGUUUUAAUAGAAUAAAGUUGUUUUAAAAUAAUGUAAUAUAUUAUGAGGAAAAAGUCAUAGUAUUAUGGUAAUAAAGGUGUGAUUUUGCAAAAAUGUUUUUUUUAAUCUUACAUUUGUUUUCAUCGAAGAUAAGUCAGAAUAUUAUAUAGUAUGCCCCAAUUACGCUUUAUUUUUGGUACAGUAGAAAAAAAAGCAAAAUGUUUUGAUUUUCCAAAAUGAAAGGAAACCUAAAAACUCAAAUCCGACUAACAAACUCCUAAAAAUAUACGCAUCUAUUUUUGAAAAUAUCAUAUUAAAGAAAAAUGUUUGUGAGAUUUCUUUUUUAAAUUAAAUACAAACGUGUUAAUAUUACAAUAUAGUCAAAAUAUGACAAGAAUAAAUGUGUAUUUUUUAGUGAGCAAUAAGUCAAUAUUACAAGAAUAAAUUCCCAAAAGUACAUUUUUAAAAUUUGUUUUGCUACACUAUGACGUAAAAUUACGACUCCUGACAUUUAUUUCCCCUUUUCAGUGUCGUUCUAACACUGCUUUUAUAUGUUUAGAAAUUAGUAUUUCUGAUUCUUACUUGAAACUUGCAGUCCAAAAAAGGACGUGGAAGAACAUAAACUUCUUGUAUGUAGCUGUCACUGUAAGAAUUAAGCUUAAUUAUAAUGAAGUUCCAUCCAUCCAUGAUGGAUGGAUAUAAUUGAGUUGUAUCGAUUUUUUAUUAUCUUAGGGUUAGCUUUCAUUUGUAGGUUCUCUUCAAGUAAAGCACUUUCUUAGCUCAUUUUGCAAGGUAAUAUGUGUGCAUAAAUGUUAGUAAAAUAUUCAAUUAAUGCUGAAGCCUCUGGCGAACCUCCUGUCAUGUGACGAGUACGUAGUAUGGAAGUGUUGUCACAGGGUGGGCCUGUUGAGUCCCACAUUGCCUCAAAGCGCCGCCUAUUAAGUUAGGAAUAGACAUGAACCUUGUUCAAAGGACGUCAACAGUCUGAGGCUGAUGAAUGACUCUUUGUGGAAAACUACAGUACUCUUAGUGACUUACUGUUGCUUUUUUUCUCUCCAUAUUGUCCUAAUUCCAUCCAUCUUCUAUCGCUUUGUCCUAAUUACAGCAAAACAUUAUGCAUGCUUUGCUUUUCUUAAAACACAAUGCUUGAUAAUGAAUGUAUCUUGUUAAUUGACUUUUAAAUUGUGCUGUUACGACAAGAUGAAUGUAUUUUGUGAGCCAAAAAAACAAGGUCUUGGAGCAAAAAGCUUUUUAUUAUUUUCAGAAACAUGGAAACUGAAGAGACCUUUGUGGCUGCACGCUGGAAACAAUUGGAAAUCAAGCAGAAAUACAUUUCAAAGUCUUCUGUAUGGAGGUUAGUUUGUGUCUUCCUUACAAAAGCCUUUUUUUUUUUUUUUACACUGGCUUCAUGUAACUUAAUUUUUUGCGUUUGAAUUUUGUGGAGUGAAUUUUUUUGACAAUUUAUGAUGACCGUUUCAAUAAAUACAAAUUUGUGUUCAAAAAUGCAAUUUGUCAAAAUACAAUGUUUUAAAAUUUAGUAUAAAAAUUGAGACCCAUUUCAUGUGACUUCAAACUUAAGGUUUCAUUGGCUGGCUCUAAGACAAGAUCGAUCGCUUCUGUCUUAAUUUAUCAGAGGUGGGUCUUGAGUUGCACUGAAUUUUAGCGCGCAAUUGUUUUAUUUUACACACAAAAUUUUACAGAUUUUCUAAACACACAAACUUUACUUAGCUUUUUAUUCAAUGCAAUUGUCGGCGUCAUUUGAUGUAAAAAAUUCAGAUUGCAAAAUUCAAACGCAAAUAUUUUCAGUUAUAUAAAAUCAGUGUCCAAAAAAGCUUUUGCGAGUUAACUUCCAUAAUUUUAUCAUGAAGAGGCUUAAGUAAAUUGGCUGCGCUAUUCAAAUAACUCACAUAAUUACAAGGAAAAUAUUUUACUAGAGGAAUUAAACAUAGGCAUACAGGUGAUUUUGUUCAAAUGGAAAUACAGUAUAGAUUUCACUAGAUGAACAGGGUUUUUUUCCAGUUUCACCAGAACAGGGUUAUCUGCAUGUACAAUAAAUUAUACAUUUCACAAUGAUACAAUACUGGAAUAAACAGGAACUGUGUACGCUGUUAUCAAAUGCAUCAUAACAUAUACCAACAAAGAAUGUUAAACACCAUUCACAAACUUACACAUUCUAUCCUGUAUGUAUAUUCAAAACUAAACAUAAAAUGAUGCAUUUGGAGUUGGAUGUAUACAGGAACAAUGCGAGUGAUAGUUUGAAUGAAAACAAAUAUUCAUUAUUAAAAGAUCUUUGCAAAACCUA